AUGAAGGGUGAGCAAGUCUUGUUGAAGUUUUCACCCGUGAAGGGUGUGAUGCAGUUUGGUAAGCAAGGUAAGCUUAGUCUGAGGUAUAUUGGACCAUUUGAAGUUCUUAAGCGUGCGGGGGAGGUGGCCUAUGAAUUGGCCUUGCCUCUAGGGUUGUUAGGAGUGCACCCGGUAUUUCAUGUAUCCGUGCUGAAAAAAUACCAUGGUGAUGGAAACUACAUUAUUAGUUGGGAUUCGGUCCUGCUUGAUAAAAAUAUGUCUUAUGAGGAGGAGCCUGUAGCCAUUCUAGAUAGGGAGGUCCGGAAGUUGAGGUCAAAGGAGAUUUCAUCUAUCAAUGUUCAGUGGAAGAAUCAGUCAGUUGAAGAGUCCACUUGGGAGAGUGAGGCUGAUAUGCAUGGAAGAUAUCCACACCUUUUUAUCGAUUCAGCAAGUGUACCAUCAACUUCGACUUUCCCUCAGCUCUAG